CUUUCUUGUCACUCACACCUUCACUUACUCAUCUCUGCAAACAUGAGUGCUAACUUCGGCCACUCGUCCCAACCAGUGUUCAUGGUGGAUUCUGCUGGAAAUCACCCAAAACAGCAUCGCUACUACCACCAGCAGGUGCCCAGGCACCCGGAGCCACCGCUGGUCCCCUGUUGGACGUUUCCCCCAGCCCGAGUCGAGAUGAAGAAGAAAGGCUGGGGAGGGAUGAAUGCCGGGUUGGCAUGGGUAGUGACGCUGAUACUCCUGCUGGUUUUCGCAGCUCUGGGACUGGGAGCCUAUCAGAUCCUGAGAUUACAGACUAAACUGGAACAGCUGACACAGGAAUUGCCCACUAUAAUGCAGAGCAGCGCCCCACAGAAACAAGUUGGUCUGAAUCCUGCAGAGCUGAAAAAGAAUAAGUACAAAUCAGCUGCACAUUUGAUAGGUUAUGCUGAACAGAGUAAAUCACCUGGGCUUCUGAAGUGGAUAUCCAAUCACGGUGAUGCUUUCACAGAUGGCGUAAAAUACACUGACGGUGGCCUUCAGGUCAAUGAGACUGGUUUGUACUUCGUUUACUCUCGCGUGGAGUUUCUUUCGCAUACUUGCAAAACCUUUGACAGUCUUGCUCACAAAAUAAGUCUGAAAAGAAACGGGAACAGUCAGAUAAUCAUGGAGGAUAACAUCGAGGGCUUCUGUAUGACCUCGAAGAACCACCCGUGGGUGACGGGCAGCCAACUCGGUUCUCUUCAGCAGCUCAGAGAGUUAGAUUGGCUGUUCGUCAAUGUCUCGCGCCCCCAUCUGCUCAGCAAAAAUUUUCAUAGCAAUUAUUUCGGCCUCUUUAAGAUCCACUGAUCAUCAUGAAAUCCUCACAACUUCAUUGCAAUGCAAUCUGCCAGCUUGGUAUUGUCCAAUCAUAUCUGAUUUUGAAUGUCGCAUGGCCCGAGAAGUUCUUCAGGAAAUCUAUUGAGAAAAAUGUGAGGCCCAGAAUGCGUGAACACUACCAUACUUCUGUAUCAGGAGAAAGUAUAUUAAAUGCCAAUAUUUAUUGUCUGGUUGUGUGAUCAAUGGUCAUAUUGACUGAAUAAUAUAUCUAUAAUGCUUAAUAAAAUGUUUCAUUGUACACUUGAUUUCAAAACAAGAAGUGAAAGAGGAGAUAUCCCACACUCUUAGGGAAGAUAUGCAGUGGUGAGGUGUUACGGUAACCACUAAUAUUUGCAUGUGAAUGUGGGAUGGUUGUCAGUGGAAAUUAUGCAGAUUUCUGGUUGAAUGUUUCCAAAGUUAUUUAUUUAAAAUGUAAAUAAAGUGAUUUUAACACGUA